GGCUAGGCUUGUUCAAUUGGUAGAGAGAGGAAGGGAGGAGGAGGCGUGCAACUUUGGGAUUUUCUGUAGGCUGGUCAAAAGGAAGGUGUCAUUGGUUUACAACAUGACAUUUUUAAGACACUCCUGUCUGGACCUAUUUGUCGUUUUUUAACUUUGUUGUCAGUAGCCUAGAUCAACUUAUCAUUUUUUUCAAACGAAUGAUGUUAAUGGAUCUUUGGAAGUUGGACAUGGAAGUUUAGGCUGUAUUUGGUUUAUUUUGGCUCCUCGAAUUAGCCCAGGAGUUAAAUGCUAAAAGACAUCUGAGUUUCAUUACGCACGGGGAAUGAGAUGAGGCUCAGCCAUGGCACAUUGCUAAUUGUUUUCUGUAUGGGAAGUUUAUUUGUGAUCUCUUGGCACUCCACGGAAAGAGACCACACGUCAAGACAGGUGGACUUUGCCGGACUGUUUGAGCGACUGCAGCAAGCGGAGCACCGAGCAGCCGAGCUGACUACUGAGCUCACUUCAGUCCUGUCGCGUCUCCAUAAUGUUAACUCGAGCACCAACACUAACUCUAGCCAUGCUAAGGAUAAGGAGAUAAAAGAAGAUGUGAAUGCGUCGAGCUGUGUUGCCAUUAACGCCAACACCCUUUUUUAUCUGCCACACCUACAAGAACAAAAGAAUGGCCUUGUGCCAAAUGUGUUCUUGGGAAAGGGUCGUUCUGGAGUGUCACUGGUGUUGGGUAUCCCAACAGUCCGCAGACAGAAACAGAGUUACCUGGUGAACACCGUAGCUUCUCUCCUCUAUGACCUUUCACCCCAGCAGAAGGGUGACAUGGUCAUCAUCGUUUUUGUGGCUGAGUCAGACCAACAAUUUGUCAGGGGUGUGGCUGAUGUGAUACAAAAAAAUUUCCCAGAGGAUGUCCAUGCUGGGCUCGUGGAAGUUGUCUCCCCACCUGCCAGUUUCUAUCCGGACUUCUCUGUGCUUAAGACCACCUUUGGGGACUCCAUAGACAGAGUGAAGUGGAGAACUAAGCAGAAUUUGGAUUUCAGCUUUCUCAUGAUGUACGCACAGCCAAAGGGAACCUUUUAUGUUCAGAUGGAGGAUGACAUUGUGGCAAAGCUGGGCUACUCUGAUGCAAUGAAGACGUUUGCUACGGGGUUGUCGUCACAGCAGUGGCUCUACCUGGAGUUCUCUCAACUGGGCUUCAUAGGGAAAUUGUUUAGGGCCUCUGAUUUACCAAUGAUAGUGGAAUUCUUCCUGAUGUUCCAUAAAGACAAGCCAAUAGACUGGCUCUUGGAUCACAUUCUGUGGGUUAAAGUUUGCAACCCUGAAAAGGACGCAGCCCACUGCAACACAGAGAAAAACAAAAUGAAGAGGAGGCAUAAGCCAUCAUUGUUUCAGCAUGUUGGACUUCACUCUUCUCUUCCAGGGAAGAUCCAAAAUCUAAAAGAUAAGGACUUUGGGAAGCAGCCGCUGUUUACGCCGCAUGAAAACCCCCAGGCAGAGCUGAGCAGCAGCCUGAAGCACUACCAGAGCCACACGCUGGAGAGGGCCUACCGAGGACAGGACUUCUUCUGGGGCCUCACGCCCGUAUCCCAGGACUUCGUCCUCAUUCGCUUCCACAAGCCGCAGAGAGUGCAGGGGUACCUUUUCCGGAGUGGCAACAUUGAGACGAAUGGAGACAGGUUCAACAACACCACAGUGGAGGUCCAGCCCAGAAAUAGUUCUGUGGUGGAGAAGGUUCAGAAGCAAGAGCUGCCUCAGUACCAGCCUUCUUCAGAUGGUUUUGUUGUCGUUGGUUCUUUUGUGAAUGGGGUGGCACAGGGGACACUAGACGCUGCUGUACAGGAGGUGACUGCCAUGCGUCUGGUGGUCCACAAAGACUCUGAUGUGUGGGUACUGCUGAGUGAGAUAUACAUUAAGGUUUCAUGAGGAGUCCGGUUACUGAGUGGGGAGAAACCAGAUAAGUUACUCUACUCUUCCAGCGCUUCUCCACCAACAUUCAUGGCAUGCCCUCUAGUGGGUGACUGUGGAACUGCAAUGCACAUUGACAUUUUCUGUUAUGUACUGUCUUCAAUGUGUUUAAAUAUGAUGAAUGCACCUAACAUUUCCAUCCCUUUACAAGAAAACACAUCAGCCCCAUUUCCGUACACCAUUGUGUUCCAGAAAUACAUUGUGUCAAAAUUUGUAAAAUAAACAAAAAUGUAUCAAACCUA